CUGUGACCAUUCAGUCAGUCAGUAUACGGGUUCGAGUCGGGCGCAGCUAUUCGAAAACAGGAACACGCCGCCGUGAGUCUUCCGUGGGUUGAGAAGUGUGGAGUGUGUGGAGAAAAAAAAGUGUGCUUCAAAGGAAUUUUUCCAACUGGGAUCGAAAAGACUUGAGGGUGUUGAGCUGAAUGUGGGUGAUAUUGCUAGGGAUUUUCUGUGGAUAAAAAAUGUUCUCCAAUUAGUGCCGACAGGAGAGGAGCCAAAUAUUAAGUGAUACAUAUUUUCAUUAGAGCUAGAUAGUCAAGUUGCAAAAUGGAUUCCGAUGCGAUGCAGCGGAAUUCUGGUCGUCACCGAUGAAGGUGAAGUAAUUGUGUAAUAGUUGCUUAGGCCAGGUAUAAGGGCUGCAAGUAAGUGAGUGCGUUCUUGCUAUGAUGUGUGAAAAUAAGUCUAAAUCUUCCAAGAGAGGAUAAGAAUGGAAGAAUCAUCCAGUUCGAAGCAUGAAGUGAAGUAGUAUUUUCCAAAAGAAAGGCAUAGAAUAAUCCGAUUUAGAAAAACUUCUGUCGCGGGUGGUUGAAGUGUUAGUCGGAAAAAAGAAAAUCUCAGCGGAACGAAUCAAAUAAGAGAUAAAGAUGGAUGAGCAAAAGUCGUCGCCAAAUCCACGCUAAGCAUGAUGCAAAAUAAAAAGCAACAUAUGGAAUGGAAACGAGAUCACCAAAAUUUACAACAAUUAUAGUAACAACUUCGCUGUCUAGGCGAGGGUGGUCGAAGGAGUAAAGGAGAAGCAUCAUAACAUCGUCAUCACCCCCAACUGGACGAGCAGAUUACAACUUCUGCUGCGCUAAUUGGGAAAACUGUUGGCGUGUUUUGCAAAACAGGAACUGAAACAGAGUUAUACCGGACAAUCGUCUGAUCUCAACAGCCGCCAUGAUGAUGAUGGACAUCCUCCGAUGGUUGCCGGGAGCGUGUGGAAGUCUGGGCCCAGCACUGAUACCUCCAGCGCACAUCGCAGUCCUGUGGUACUUUUGGCAGAACUACUCCCGAUACGUGGACAAACGGUUUUGCUCCUGUUCCUGUUGGGACACGGUGUUCAAAGGAACGUACGAGUCCGGAAUCGCCUCCUACAAGCACAUGUACUUCAACGCCACGCAGAACACGAUGAAGAUGUGGCUGUUGAUCGUGGUCGGUGUGAUCUCACUAUACGAAUGCACCAAAUAUCUGACGCAGCUAUUGCUCCAGAGUCGAGUUCGCUACACGAUGAUCGUGCUUUUCAUGCUAUCGAUCUUCUCGCACUACUACGCGUGGUGGGCGUAUCUCAACUACUACAACGACGAGUACUACAAUCAGUGGAAUCAUCAAUUGUUUUUCACGAUUACCGAGCUCAUAUCAACCAGUUUUGUGCUCCAUUUGGCCAAUGUGGAAAACGUGGUGACGUCACGCAAAACUUUCGCGAUUGUAGGAAUCGCUAUUCUGCACAUAUUGGCUAGCGGAGUUGACCAAUUCAUAUCAAAUGUGUUCCGCGGCGAAGGAUAUCCCCAUCAGGUUGUUCGUGAUUUGGGCUUCAUGAUUCCGGACGUGAUGCAUCUGAUGAUUCCGCUGUGGCUUCUGCGGCAAACUCGCAAGGAAAUCUUCAGCACGAGGCCAUUCUACCGGGAUCGAAACUUACGCAGGGACGUGGUUCUCAUGUUCUUCGUGGUAGCAGUAUUAUUCACCAUAUGUACGUUCCUGUGAGCUCGGCCUACGAACGAUGCUUGAGAAACGUAGACCCUUUUCCAGUACAUAGUGAUCUAAUCCUGAAUUCUUCCAACGUUUGUGUAAAUUAGUUAAAGUUACGAGAUGUGAGUGGAGCUUGUAUGAAAAAGGUCCUUCCUGCUCAAAAGAAAUCAUCACAUAGUUUUUUUAACCAACAACGACGGCACACCAAACACCAGGCAGCUCCGAAAUUGGCUUCAACGCAAGACUGUUGUAUUAGUAAAUGCUUUUCGGUUAUGUUCCAAGAAAUUUAAGGAUACAUUCAUUAACUUAAGUAGAACUUAAUAAAGGCGAUAUAAUUUUAUUUUGUAGGGUUCUGAGUAAGGUUUUGCACUCUACAGACAUUUUAAAACACCUAACUAAACCAAAUAUGGUGUCUUGUAAUGAGAAAACCGUUUUGUUUCAAGAUACCAACGAAUGCAUUUUGAAAUGGACGAAACAUUUUUAAGGAAUAAAUUGUUUGUUCUUGAAACGCGAUCAUCUCAAAACAGCAAAAGCAAAACACAACCAAACCAAAGAAAUCAAAACCAAUGUAGUUAUAUUCUAACUCCCAUGUCUACCGUUUCUGCUCCAAGCCGUAAUAGAUUCUAGUGUUUUCUAGCUCGAUCCUUGCAUAUAUUAGCGUGGAUUUCUUCCAACAACCCCAAGCAACAAAUCUGGUUUUCUAGUGGUUUUAUAAUAAACUUAAAUCCAACAAUUAAUUCUUCAAGGCUACAAUAAAAUCACACUCACUACUGGAAUACAGCUUUAUUACAGUCUUUUGAAUUUAAGUCAGCCUUAAGCCCACGAGAAAACCAGACAUGCUGCUUGGGAUUAAUCUUUAGAUGAAUCAAAAACCAAUAGAUCCGUAGUGGCAAACACAUAUCUUUGAAUUCUACUUAUCAGUGAAUAACUCUUUUUAAUAAACCAUCAUCGAACCACACUGGCAGCAACUGUAGCUUUGCUCCUUUGCCAAUUUUAAACUAAAGAGAGAGAGAAAAAAAAAGAACACAGAAUUAUCAGCAUAAAAGUAGUUUAAAACAAGACUUGCCCUGAAUUAUCCCAUAUCAUCGCGGCCGCAAAAGACUAAGUUUUGUCCAUUUGUACAAGUUUAGCAACCUAAUCGAUUGGAAGCACACAUCUAUUGGAAACUAGAAUUUAUUCAAAAGAAAACCCGUUUUGCUCUAGCAGAAAUAUACUAUUGGAAAAAUUAAGGUAGAUUUAGACCCCCGUUGCAGUUGUAGCUUUCAGCCCUGAACCGAACAGACUUCAGUACACAUCUACACAACACAUCUAGAAGAGUAGACAAUAACGAAACGCUAAUUGUGUAGAUGAAUAUCCGGUUUGGUUUGACGAGAGUAUAGAUAAACAGAUAUAGAAAAAAUAUGAAAAUUUAAACCCUAAGAGUGGACAGUUUAAAAAAAUAAACAGAGAAUUAGAGUUUGUUUUCGAAGCGCAGCGCUUCAUUGAACGAAUCGACUUAUAUCUACUGUAUGUUGAUAGGUUUUAGAGAGACCAGUUGUUGAGCCUUCCUCACAUUGUCCUGCGAGAAAGGAAAAAAAAUCGAGGAAGUAAAGCGAUAAGUAGUGUGACACUAAAGAAAAACGAAGCCACAUGAGAAAGAUUGAAUAAAAUAUUGUUGGUAGAGAUUGUAUAGAGAACUACUACAUAUGAGCGAAGGGCCACAAUUAGGAGAUGUGGUCGCUGAAACACAACUACGCUAACAAAAGAAUAAAGCCAAGAGAAUGGAAGUCCAUUCAACAAUACCCACCAUUAGAUUGUUCUCAUUUAGGAUUAUGAUUUAGAGGUAAAACAUUUAUUUAAUUGAGAUAUAAGCAAGUAUGAAUUGGUAUUGAAUAAAUAUGAACUGAAUAUAUUAGACAAUUUAA